ACUGAUUAAAACUUAAUUUUACUUAACGGAAGUAAAAACUUAUAAAAUAAAGAGAAUUGAAUACCUCCAAAUCCCCACCUCUUUAAUCUCCCCCCCUGUCUUUAAAAUUUAAGAGCUCCCCACCUGUUUCCCACAAUACUUUCUCCCCCCAUUUCUCAUUUCUCAAUACAAUGCUUGUCCUAAACUGAACCAAAGAAAUCUGGGAAACUUUUUGGUGGGAAAAUUAAAAAGUAAAAAUCUGAAAAUGGGUAAUCAGAUUUGGGUAUUGGGUAUUUGUAUUUUGGUGUAUUUUCUGAGUUCAAGUUUAAUUGUAGUGAGUUCAACCUCAGUUUCAGGAAGAGAGAGGGAGAAAGGAACAGUUUACAUCGAUGGAAGAGCUGCCAUUGGUAAAAUUGAUGAAGAUUUCAUUUGUGCAACUUUGGAUUGGUGGCCUCCUGAAAAAUGUGAUUACGGCACUUGUGCUUGGGGUCAUGCUUCUCUCCUUAAUCUGGAUCUCAACAAUCAAAUAUUUUUAAAAGCAAUACAAGCCUUUUCGCCUUUGAAGAUUAGGCUGGGUGGUACUUUGCAAGAUAAAGUGGUAUAUGAAAGCAAAGAUUCUAAACUACCAUGUAACCAUUUUAGCAACAGAAGUACAGAAAUGUUUGGUUUUACUCCUGGUUGCUUACCAAUGAAGCGGUGGGAUGAACUAAACGCCUUCUUCAAUAAAGCUGGGGCAUUGAUUAUUUUUGGAUUAAAUGCUCUUGCUGGAAGAACCAUUCAGCAUGAUGGCUCAGCUACCGGUGCUUGGGAUCCUUCAAAUGCAGAAUCUCUUAUUCGUUAUACUGUAGAAAAGGGCUAUGAUAUGCAUGGCUGGGAGCUAGGAAAUGAGCUGAGUGGAAGUGGAGUUGGGACGCGAGUUUCAGCAGCUCAGUAUGCAACUGAUCUGAUUUGUCUGAACAACAUGAUAGAACAAGUUUACAAGGCUAACAAAUCUAAGCCUCUGGUUAUAGCACCUGGAGGUUUCUUUGACCAAAACUGGUUUACAGAAUUCAUAAAUACAACACAUAACAACCUUGAUGUAAUGACACACCAUAUUUACAACCUAGGCCCAGGGGUUGAUGCACACCUGAUUGAUAAGAUCCUUAAUCCAUCAUAUCUCGAUGGAGAGGCUGAUACAUUCAGAAGACUUCAGAAUAUUCUCAGGAGUUCCGGGACUUCUGCAGUUUCAUGGGUUGGUGAAGCAGGAGGUGCUUAUAACAGUGGUCAUAACCAUGUUACUAAUGCAUUUGUGUUCAGUUUCUGGUAUUUAGAUCAGCUUGGAAUGUCGUCAACUUUUGAUACAAAAACAUAUUGUAGACAAACUUUGAUUGGAGGAAACUACGGCUUGCUCAACACCACCACCUUUGUUCCUAAUCCAGACUACUACAGUGCCCUUCUGUGGCAUAGAUUGAUGGGAAGAAAUGUGCUAUCAACAAGUUUCUCUGGGACGAAGAAAAUCCGAGCUUAUGCUCAUUGCUCAAAGCUAUCUCAAGGGAUAAUGGUGCUGUUAAUAAACCUAGAUGGAAAUACAACCAUUGAAACAAACGUAGCCUUCAACGGAACCUGGAGUCUUCCACACAUGCAUCAUCAUAUGCACAAGAAUAGGGGAAGGGCAAUGAAGUGGCACCAGAAAGAAGCAUCAGAAAGAGUAAGAGCUGAAUAUCAUUUAACAGCAAAAGAUGGCGACUUACAGAGCCAAACAAUGCUUCUUAAUGGAGAAGCAUUGAGUGUGAAUUCAUCAGGGGAUAUACCUGCUUUAACUCCUUUACAUGUUAACUCAACUGAGCCAAUAGUUGUAGGACCUUUCUCGAUUGUAUUUGUUCACAUGCCUUUCAUUGUUCUUCCUGCUUGCAAAUAAAAAGGUGGAACCAGAAUGGUUUUUAUCCUGUAUGUAAGCGGGUUCAUUACAAAUAAGUCUUUUAAUUAAGGUAAUAGGUAGGUCUUAGAAAUGGAACCACAAUGGCUUCCAUCUGCUUAUGUUCUUACAAGCUAAGUAGUUUCAGAAGUAUUUGUUGCAGCAACAUCAAAAGCACUGAAAACAGGCAACAUAAACUGUAACACCGGCCUGUAACCGUUAGAAUGAAGUGCAGUCUUAGCAAUGUGGAUCAAAUUUGCAUCUUA